AUGCAAUCGACAGGCACUUUUGCCCAUUUUUUAACUUUCCCUCUUCUGAUUUGUUUUUCCCAUGAGUUAAAACUUGAUCACAAGAGGCUCUACGAAUUUGAUCACAUCAGAAGUCACGCAUCUUCGAACGUACAAGCUCAAGCAGUUAGAGACCUUAUAUCUCGACUACUACCUGAACAUUCUUCGAAGUUCGAUAUCGUCGUCCAGCUUCCCUUGAGAUCGCCACAUAUGGACGAAUUUGAGUACAAAACCACUGCAGAAUCUAAGCUACAGAUAAAGGGAACAAGCGGUGUAGCGUGUUCUCUAGGUCUGCAAUAUUUCUUGAAGAAUCAUUGUCAGGGGCACAUUUCGUGGAGUGGAGACCAGUUAAAGAUGCCUGAACCCUUCCCUGUUGUGAAGGACGUGUUAAGGAUAAGGCUGCCGUACAGGUAUUUUCUUAAUUCAGUUAUUGGACUACAAAUAGCACAUUUGUCGGGACCCAAACGUCAAACCGGAGUCCGGUAUCCGGAACAUUGUUUACGAUAAGGUUAGAGGAAUACGAAUUCACUCGGAAAAUAUGAGACAGCUGCAAUUCAAAAGUUGAAUCCUGGGUUGAAAUAUACGGCGCUGUUUUGGGGUCACAAUUAGUGAUACAUUUUACAUGGCGAAUUAAAAUAACCCAUACAUUUUCAUGGCGAAUUAAAAUAACCCAUACAUUUUACCUGGCGAAUUAAAAUAACCUAUACAUUUUACCUGGCGAAUUAAAAUAACCUAUACAUUUUACAUGGCGAAUUAAGUAACGCAUGCAUUUUACAUGGCGAAUUAAGUGAAGCAUGCAUUUUACAUGGCGAAAUAUGCAAGGCCUGAUACAUCUGCACGACGUAUGAAUGCUUGACAGUAGCCGACAUUUUACUUGGUUAUGAAAUAAAAUUUACUUAAAAUUUUAUUAGUAUUGCAUUUUAAAUACACGAGAGUCGUAUUUAUUUUGAAUUAAUGGCGAAAAAUCCGAUAAACUAUCGUUUUUGAAUCGGAGAAAUACUACCGUCUGAUGGCCCCCAAAACCUCAGACCUCAGACCCCAAAACCUCAUCUCUCCCCCUCGCCACCCCUUGUCUUGCGCGUCCGUCGGAAGUAGAAAGUCACGUGGUAAGUUACUGAGUCGCCUCCUCUCGUUAAGAUCAUGGAAGGUGAUGGGCUCAGGGAAUGAGCAAAGCGUUUAAUGCAAGCUGCCGAGCAAAUAAAAAUUGGUCAGAAUUCUCUAACAGCCAGAAAUAAUACGGGGUGAGGCGAGAAAGUGAACCGACUCAGACUGCAAAUGGCCCAGAAUGUCUCAAUAGCACAACGUCACUGUCAGGUCUGCUCUCUCUGCUGCUGGAAGAAGUGCAGGAGACCUUGAAGGGCCUCAGAAUACGGCUGGUCCAGCCUGGGAGGAGCACAGGAGAAUUUUUGGUUAUAGGCCGUCGUCUGGGGCAUCAUGGAGCCGGCCGGGUAGUGGAAACAGCAGAGGGAGAGGAAGAAUGCAGCCAGCAGAAUUCUCGCCAUAUUCCAUCGCAAGAACACGUGGACGAGAGCGUUCGUCUGUCCGGCUUUCAUCGAGCAAAAGGCGCUUCCUUCCACGAGCGAAAGAAUCACCCUUGCACUAAACGGCCUUGGCGAGAAAAAGCUACUAUUUCCAUGCAACGGUAAUGCAACUCAAGUCCAAGAAGUAAUAAUCGAUGCCUUUCCCGCCCUUCAAACGGCUGGCGGCUACGAGGUACUUCGAACUGCCGAUGGCAGGUCAAAGGACCUCAUUUGCAUCCCAACGCCUGUGGAAUAUCCGUAGCAUUUUUGAAGAGCGUGCUGGGUCAAUCCAAAGGCUUUCUGAGGCCUUUACAGAAAGAUAUUUUCAUCCGUAUCUGAAAUUCACGCUUAUCUUAUUUCGCCAUGUAAAAUGAAUGCGUUACUGUUAAUGGAAGGUCCUUUCCAUUUGAUUUCUGACAGAGACGAGCGAACAAGCCAAUCUCGAUGCGCAGGAACAAUUGCAUUUUGAUUGGUUUACGAUUCUCUAAUUCUGACUGCGACCCCGACAAUCUGGUUUUCACUGCUGACUGUAAGCGACGGAAUCAUAAGAAGAGCCGGAAGAAAAUGGAUAAAGGUCUGAUAAGUGUAACUACAAUUCCAUCGAGCUUAAGUCUCCCGACCGCUAGAGGCAAACUAGCCUCCCAAGCAGACUUCGUCUAGCCCCUAAGAACGUCUACGUGGGAGACUAGAUGAAAAACAGCCUUUAGAACCCCCCGCCACCACCAACCACAAAAUUUAGUUUAUUUUCUAGCCACUAACCACGCUGCCGUAGCCACACACGGCCGGUUCAGCCAGCUACCUUUCUUUUGUCAGAUUUCGUUACUACCAGAACGUGUGCACCUUCAGUUAUUCAUCUGUCUGGUGGAACUGGACUCGCUGGCGGCGAGAAAUUGAUUGGAUGGCACUGAAUGGCAUCAAUCUUCCACUUGCCUUCACUGGCCAAGAAGCAAUAUGGCAGAGGGUGUACCGCAAAAUUGGACUCACACAGCAAGAACUAGAUACUUUCUUUGGAGGUCCAGCCUUCUUGGCAUGGUGAGAUAAGAUGUGAUGAUGAUGAUGAUGACGAUGAUGGUGAUGACGAUGAUGAUCAUGAUGAUGAUGAUGAUCAUGAUCAGGAGAAUGAGAAUGAGAAUGAGAAUGCUGAUGAUGACAAAACGGUUGAAAGUCCUUUACUUUUGUUUUACUUCUUAAUAGUGUCACUGGCCGAAAAGUGGCUGUUCAAAUGGCACCAGUAAGAAUAGCCUUCGAAAACAGCUGACUCUCCUCACCUUUUGCAGCAAGGGACCUUUCGAAGCGUCCCAUUGCGUUGCGCAGAUGGAAAACUUACCCUCCGCAGCACAAUGGGGCAACAACGUGUCAGUAACAUUGCACUUAUUAACAUAUUGAAAAGGCAUAUGCCAACUCUGUAGUCAACAAUGACAUGGAUCGUAUCAUUAUUAUCUUCGGCCGUCGUAAUGGCAGAGGCAGCUAUUUCUUUUAUGUGCUUUUAAGCUCAUAUAAGUUUCUUUUCGACGGUUUCGUAAAAAUUUGGGCAACUCGGGAGAGUUUUUUGGGCAAAUGGUUCACCGCGCCCCCUGGCAAAAAUUGCACGUACGCCUCUGAAUGCACCAGAAUAAAUGCUUUCGAAAUAUAUAAAACAACCUGUAAAACUGACUAAAUGGAUUGCAAUUGGGUUUUUUGAAAACGAAUCCUGUAUUAAACAAACAGUUUUUCAAGUUUAUCUCUGUGAUAGUAAAUGGUGAGGCAUUUGUUCAUCAUUACGCUGUGAUGGGCUGACAGCAGCGACUCUUGACAAUACAAAACAAAAUGCACUAGGCAGUCAUGACAGCCACUUAAAUUGAGAUUUUUUUUGUUUUUUUUUUGGUGCAGUUACCUAAUGAGCUCUUUUUGUUUAGGGCAAGAAUGGGGAACAUACGUGGGUGGGGAGGUCCUCUUCCACCAUCGUGGUAUAAGAUCCAGCUUGAUCUACAACGCAAGAUUCUUACAGCGAUGAGGAAUCUUGGCAUGGCUCCCGUUCUCCCUGGAUUUGCUGGUUUUGUGCCGGAUGGUCUGAAAAGAGUGUAUCCACACGCAAAAUUGUCCAGAGUUAGCCGCUGGGGUGGAUUUAACAACACUUAUUGCUGUACUUAUCACCUUCACUCCACUGAUCCCUUAUUUAAGGUACUGGUAAACUAUUCAGCGAUUCGUGCCUUACCAGUAAAAAAUUCAUGUUGAGGAUAAUCCUACUGUUUCACAGUCUAGAUCUAUCUUGGAUUGCCGCCUUUUCUCCUCCGUUUCCCGUCAUCCUACCAAUCCAAAUAGUGCCUCUUUCAUAGGGGGGAGAGGGAAAAAAAGCGGGAAACAAAGGACAGAAGGAGGAAAGGUUGUAUGGGAUGGAGACGCUAAACGCCAUACCCUGGCCUGCAGCACGUCUUUGUAUAGGUCAAAUAAAGAAGUGCCUUUCCCCCACCUCUCAGCUUAUUUAAAUUUAUCUUAUUUCUUUGGCAACAGAUUAUAGGGUAUCUCUUUAUCAAAGAACAAAUAUCCCAAUAUGGCACCAAUAACAUAUACAACACUGACACAUUUAAUGAGAUGACUUCCACCCCCAAUGAAGCCAGCUAUCUUUCUGGGUUCAGCAAUGGUAUAUACCAAGGAAUGGUAGCCGGUGAUCCUAAUGCUGUGUGGCUUAUGCAAGGGUGGCUUUUUAGGCGCAUCGAAUUUUGGAAGCCACCACAGGUCAAGGCAUUCUUACAAGGUGGAGUAUGUAGCUAAAAAGGGAGGGCAAAGGCUAGAUAGCGUACUGUUAAGAUAAAGGUGAAAUGGGACAAUAUUACAUUAUGUCAUGUACUGCUCGUGAUUGCUUUGCCGUGAUUUGAAUCGUUUUAAAUACGUCCUUUUCACAAAUGAGCACCUUCUGUUUCAGUUUUAAGGCAGAGUUUGUUCAAUUUUAAUGUUCCUUUAUACGUUUUAUCAGCACAGUAGUACAACUAGAUGCAUAGAAUUAUACACAAAACAAAAUAGAAAAAUUGAACCAUCUUAAUCAAGGUCAACAUUACUCCAUCAGAGAAAAUUACAAUCUUUACAUCAUACAACAAAGUUUAAUGGGAACUCCUUAGUUGAAAUUAUAAGCGAGAUUGAACGAUAACCCAUUUAUCAGGGGUUCGCGGUAUCUCCUAAUUUUGAAACAUUGAACCGUAUGAAAAAAUGCAAAUAUGAAUAUCGAAAGUUCCUUUUACGACAAAUCACAGAGAAGCGGUGAAGGUCUAGAGACCCUGUUGUCGGACUCUGCCAGUACAUGUAUACCCUCGACCGAGCAAUCGUCUCGGCCCCUGCUUCUUGUUUCGUCGCCCAGUUAUGUGCCGUCCUAGUAAAAAAAUGUCGAUGACAUGACGAUGAUAAAGACGAUGAUGAUACUGAUCAUGAUGAUGGUGAUGAUGAUGAUGAUGAUUAUGAUGAUGACGAUAAUGAUGAUGAUGAGGAGGAGGAGGAGGAGAAACGAGGAGGAGGAGGAGGAAUAGGAGGAGGAUUAUGAUGAUGGUAAUAAGUGCUUUUACUUCCUCAUCUUGGUUUCGUCACUGAAAUACUGAGAUAUUAUUUUCUUCUGAGUUUCGAUACUUUGUCACCUACAUUCAGCAUUAUGCUUUUGUCAUCAUCAACAUCAUCAUCAUCAUCAUCAUUAUUGUCGUCAUCAAAUCAAUGGAAAGCCAAUAAGCUGUACAGCUUCUGAAAAACAUUUGUGCACAUUACUCUUUUCUUAGGAGUUCCUCGAGGACGUAUGAUUGUCCUAGAUCUAGCGGCAGCUAUCUACCCUUUCUGGUCGCGCACCGCAUCGUUCUAUGGUCAACCGUUUAUUUGGUGUAUGUUACAAAACUUUGGUGGAAAUUUGGGUCUGUUUGGAACAAUACAGAGCGUCAUAGCAGGUAACGUACUUUAUAAUCAAGGAACACUGUCAGCUAUUGUAAUAUGUUUGGGCAAGAGCCAUAAUAUUAUGGCUCUUGGUUUGGGAGAAGGUAAAUUUUAACCAAAAGUUCAAGAAAAUCUAAACCAAAAUACAUCCGUAAGGUUUUAAAUUUUGCCAUCUUUAUCAUGUAAUUUGGCCGUUACAGUUAACUCCAAAAUAAAGAUUUGAAAUGAGUACACCAAUAAGUAAGUUAAUUGAUUCACGUAUCGUUCCAGAAUGCGAUAAAGAAUGAGCAUGCAAAAUGGAGCCUUAAACUUCUCGAGGUGACGAAAACGCACUGGAACACAACAAGACAGAAAUCUAAAAUGGAAGAUCGUCCAAGAUAGCGACAAUGCAUUUGAAUUUAUCAGCGAGUCACUGAUUCGGGUCUAUUUUGCCCCAAUUUGUAUGGCUGUCUCUGGUAUUAUGGCGGUAAUUUUAAAAACGUUUCGAAAUACAGUGAAACCUCUAUUUAGCGGACACCUUCGGGACCUUCGUAACUGUCCGCUUAAUAGAAGUUGUAAAAAUUGCGCAAUGUUUGUUAACGAUCAACAUUCAACGGUUACUCUGUACUGUGAUAAAUGAAGGAAGCUACCCAGAGUUCAAGUUCAUGACCUUUCAUUACCAACUUUAAUUUGUUUGUAAAUGCAAAAACAUUAACUGACUUCAGUACGUAUUUCAAGGACGUAAUCCAAUACUACUAUUGUCAAUUCAGUCCGUUGUUUUUAACAAUAGAAAUUAGCCAAAUACAACUUAUUUUAGUGUCCGCGUCCGCUUAAUAGAGGUGUCCGCUGAAUAGGGGUUCGUUAUAAAGGGAAAUAUAAGACGUUAAUUUCGCGACCCGGCUUAGUGUCCGCUUAAUAGAGGGUGUCCGCUUAAUUGGGGGUCCGCUUACUUAUUAGGUAAAUAGCCCUUCAAAGUUGAUUGUCAUUAUGGCUCAGAAAAUCUUAAAAUCUUACCCUAAAAUAGGAGGUGUUGGACAUCCGAUCUUGUUCUUUAAUGCCCUUUCAAGUUGUAUUUUGUUCUUCAGAAACAAUCAUAUUACUUCUUCGUUGAAAUCUAUCGGGUGUUUUUGUUGACGUCAUAAUUAUGUUGUUGUUAUAUUGUUUCAGGGCCAGUUGAAGCAUUCAACAGCCCUAAUAGUACAAUGAUUGGCACGGGCUUAACACCAGAAGGGAUAGAGCAAAACGACAUGAUGUAUGAGAUGAUGAACGAAAUGGGUUAUCGGACAAAAGCCCUGAAUUCUGUGGAGUUAGAGGACUGGAUAAAAUACUAUGCACUUCGAAGAUAUGGUGGUACUAACGAUAACAUAGUGAAGGCAUGGAACUUGCUUAUCCACUCGGUCUACAACUGCACGUAUUACUGUAUUGGUUACAAUCACCAGUCGGUUUUCGUCAGGAGACCAACUCUCAGGAUUGCUCCACAUAUAUGGUACGAACCGGAAGAUGUGUUUAAAGCGUGGGACGCAUUGGUCGCGGUGGCUAAGGAUUUUUCCCACUCGGAAACAUUUAGGUAAUUUAUCGUAAGACCCUGCGUCGAAAAUAACUUACAGUUUCUAAAAUACUCAGAGGGAACCUUGUCACGCUGGGUAUUUUUUCAAGCUGAGCGGCUUACAGAUGCAGUGGGGGCGUGAUAGGCACAAACAUUUUUGGAAUUUCCUUCCUUUAAAGGCAUGUUACUGAAAUUAAUACAGGCAACAAUACUUGGUUCCAGGAACAUUUUGGACUAGGCAUUUCUAUGGGUACCAGUCACGUGACCCACUAGUGGCCAAUUAAAACAUCAAAACUCCAAAAAGUUUCUCCUUUAAAAGUAUGUAACGCAAUGCCCGGGGGAGGGGGGCACUCAAGGGAAGUUUGGGUAGAGGUGUGAAGCCGAGGCCUGCAAACCCCGACCCUGUUUAAGACAAAAACUUCUCAUUUCGCUACCCUGUUUAAGACAGGAGACACCACUUUCUGCUUUCUGACCCUGAUUUGUUUUGUUUUGCAUACAGAAUUAAGUAAUUUUUCACACUAAAAUAUUGGAAAUAGAUAUUAAGGAAAAAAAUUAUUUGUUUUGCAAAUGUAGACCGCUUAUCGAAUGUCUUCACACUCUUUGAAAGGCUUCCAGUCCAAAAACACACCCUGUUCAAGAUGCUUAAUAGUGAAAUUGUAUACCCUGUUUAAGACUCAAGACCUUGAAAACCAAACCCUGUUCAGCGGCACAUACCCGUAUAGGCCAAACAACGUAAUGCCCCCACCCACUUCCGGGGGCGCAAGUGAGAACACGUUACUAUAAUUCAUUGGCCGCUCCCUAUCUGAUCCAGAGAAGAUGAUAAAUAUGCACACUUUUCCUUGUUUCUGCCUAAUGAACUAUUGAUGAGUUUUUAAAUUAAUUUUUUUCUAGAUAUGACCUUGUUGACAUCACAAGAGAAGCAUUACACCUUCUAGUGAUUCCGGUCUACCAUGACCUUGUACGAGCCUACAACGCCAAGUCGGCUCUUCAAGUUGCUCAAAUCGGUAUCAAACUACUUACAAUGUUCGAUGACCUGGACAAAAUACUUCAAACCAAUAAGAAAUUUCUUUUGGGAUGCUGGCUGGACUCCGCCAAAGCCAUGGGCACAACGGCAGAGGAGGUCAAGCUUUACGAGUAUAAUGCGCGCCUUCAGACCACUCUUUGGGGAACAACAGGGAGGAUUAAUGACUACGCCAACAAGAUGUGGAGUGGCUUGGUAAAAGGCUAUUACAAACAACGAUGGAAGCUUUUCAUCGAAGAGCUUGUGUUUGCUAUUCGCCAGAAGGUGAAGUUGGAUAAUAAUGAGUUCGCUAAAAGGUUACUUGAACGAGAGACUGCUUGGACGCAAGGUAGAGAAGAAUAUCCUUGCCGACCAGUGGAACACAGUGUUGAGGUGGCGAGGUUCCUGCAUAGCAAGUACCGCUUAUAUUCACGUCGGAGAAGGAUUGAGGUGGUUUGUAUUAAGGAAGAUUAG